CAUAACUUCACAACAGCAUGGAUUUAGAAGCUGCGCUUGAAGCCUGUGACAGAGCAGAUGCAGCUAGUGAAAUUUCUUAUACCAAAAUUGCUGACCAAAGCUUAGUGUCGCGAUCUACGCUGUUGCAGCAGCACCAACGCGUAUGCGCGUCGCGUGAAGAAGGCAACUCCACACGUCAAAAGCUCAACCCACAACAAGAGUAUGAGCUUGUUAGUUAUAUAAAUAAGCUUACAGAGCAAGGGCUACCACCUACAAGGCAAAUGGUGCAAAACUUUGCAUCAGAAAUGGCCCAACAGUACGUUAGAGAUAGCUGGGUUACCAGGUUCCUGCACCGUCACCCCGAUAAGCUCCUAUACAAAUGGACCUCCGCCAUGGACGCCUCACGUCACAACGCCGACGAUAGCGAAAAGUACUCAUACUAUUUUAACCUACUACGUUCCAAGAUCGACCAAUACUCUAUCGAGCCACGGCACACGUACAAUAUGGAUAAGAAGGGCCUAGCGAUUGGAUUGGUGAAUAGGAGCAAAAGGGUGUUUAGUAAGGCAGCUUGGGAAGCCGGAGGCAAACGCCAAAGCUUGCAGGAUGGCAAUAGAGAGUGGGUAACAAUUCUCGCAGCUAUCUGCGCUGACAGUUCAACGUUGCCGCCAGCCAUCAUAUAUGCAGGCCAGCCAAACAGUCUACAAUCCUCCUGGAUGGAGGACCUGGACGCAGGCAAAGACUCUAUAUACUCUACUGCAACGCCCUCUGGCUGGUCCAACGACGAGGUUGGUCUUGCCUGGCUUGAACAGGUGUUUGAGCGGGAAACUGCGAGUAAAACUCGCAGUAGUUGGCGCCUACUCAUACUUGACAGCCACAGCUCUCACAUAACGAUGGCUUUUAUCGACUAUUGUAGUCGCCACAAGAUUCUACUACUUAUCUAUCCACCUCACAGUACCCAGACGUUGCAGCCGCUUGAUGUGGGUUGCUUCUCACCUUUUGGCAACAACUACUCCAAAGAAGUCACUGAACAACUCCACCAGAGCCAGGCCUUGACUGGCAUUAAAAAGCGUCAUUUCUACAAGCUUUUCCAAGCCUCCUGGUACAAAACAUUCAACAGCGAGCUUGUGCUGGCCGCGUUCAAAGCCACAGGCAUCUCACCACUAAACCCAGCUAUUAUACUUGACAGGUUUCAGAACAAGCCAAGCGAGCUUCCGCGAACUCCAUCUCCAUUACUCAACGUCAAUAGGGUCGCAAUAGAACAGUUUUGCAAGGCAAUAGUGAAGGACUCUACAAGUUAUAAGGCAAGGAAGCUGGUUCGCACGUUCAACUACUUAGCAGCUCGCAACGCCCUUCUGGAGACCUCUUGGAGGUACCACCAAGCCCUACCGUUACAGGCCUCCAAGUCCUAUACUUCCAACGCGAUGUUGUGGUCUCCAACAAAGGCUGAGGAAGCUGCUGCAAAGGCUCGCAAAAAGGCAGAGGCAGCUGAGAAGAAGGUUCAAGAUGAGCGGGAGAAGGAGCAGCGGAAGCGCAAGGCCUCACAGAAGCCACCUACAGAACCUCCAGCCAAAAAACAGCGUGCGCGUGGCGCUACUCAGGUUGUAGUUAAGGCGUCACCUUCCCUAACACCUCCACCAAUUACUACACGCAGCAGCCGCACCACACGACCAAAUAGAAAAUGGGAGCAGGACAAGCAUCAUAGGCGUUAGUAGACUGUUACAACAAAAAAAUCUCAAUAUAAUAGCUUUUG